UCGCUCUCGCUGGGAACUGACUAGAGGAACGGAAAAUGGCGGACCUCGAAGACGUUACGCUGGACGGGAGACCGCUCCAGUCCCUUCGAGUAGCGGACUUAAAAGCUGCUCUUGAGGAGAGGGGACUGUCAAAAAGCGGCCAGAAGAAUGCUCUCAUUAAAAGACUCAAGGGGGCUCUCAUGCUUGAGAAUCUGCAGAGGACUUCUACCGCUCACAUUGGAUUGCAGCCAAAUUCUCAGAUUGGUGAGGAAAUGAGCCAAAACAGCUUUAUCAAGCAGUAUCUGGCUAAACAACAGGAGCUCCUGAGGCAGCGUCUGGAGAGGGAGGCUCGGGAAGCAUAUGAAACGAAUGAGCAAGAGGACCAUGCAGAAGUUAACAAUAGUACCUCAUGUCCUCCUCAAGCCCAGGAUGUCACACCAGCAUUGGCUGAGCAGCACAAGCCACCUGGCCCCUCUGGUGGAGAGGGAUUGUUUGGUGCAGGGAACGAGGGAGAGGGUAACAGGAACCAGGAGGCCGACAUGUCUGGUCCUCCUCCGUCUGGCUCUGUGGCCAUGCGUGUUCCUGGUGGUGAACACCGGCCAGAGAGGGGUUCUGCAUCCAGCGAAGUUGCAGCUGACAGCGACGAUGAGGAUAGCGAGGAUGGAGAGGAGGACGGUGACGAUGAUGACUGGGACAGCGGUGCUCGGAGAAGAAGCCUCAGAGAGCCGGCCAGAGUACCUGCGUCCAGAGAGAGGUCUGGAGCAUCAUGUCAACCCCAGCAGCAGCAUAUCCCCUCCCUUUUGUCUCCUCAGCUCCGCCAGCCAACACCUCCCCCCUCCCCACCUCCAGAGUUGUCAUUCCCCUUGCCUGACACCCCUAAACAGAGCCCCCCAAGUCCAGAUGUAGCCCCAGAUAGGCGCUCACCUAGUACCUCCAGCUCUGGUUCCUCCAGCAGCGGCAGCCGCAGUAGCAGCCCAGAGCCACAGAGGAGUGUACAUGCCGAGCGCAAGCCCGGCCCGCUGACCCUUCUGGCACGUAAAAUGGAGUCGGAGGGUGCUUUUUCUGGUGCAGGUUGGCACGGCGGUGAUUUGCCAUUUCCCAUGAUUCCAGGCACCAACCAGGGUGUCACAGGAGCACAGCAUUCGACCCAUAUUCAAGUACCUGUGAGUGUGCUCAAGGCCACUGCUACAGAAGAGAGGGACAGAGAGAGGGACUCUGUGAUAGAAAGAGAAAAGGCUUUUGAGCUGGAAAGGCAAGAGAAGCAGAGAAAACUUGAGCAAGAACGUGCAAUGGAGUUAGAGCGUGAAAGAGCUCUUGCAUUAGAGAGAGAGGAGAAACAGAGAGCUCUGGAGAAAGAGAGAAUUGAGCGACAGCAGGCCUUAGAAAGAGAGGAACGGGAAAAGGCUUUACAGCGGGAGAGGGAACUUGCUCUAGAGCAAGAGAGACAAGAGAGGGAACUAGCUCUUGAGCGAGAGAGGCAGGAGAGGGAACUAGCUCUAGAGCGAGAGAGGCAGGAGAGGGAACUAGCUUUGGCUAAAGAGAGGGAGGAGCGAGAGCAAGCCUUAGCACGAGAGAGGGCCCUGGAGCUUGAGAGGCAGAAGGAGCUUGAGAGACAGAGGGCCUUGGAGCAAGAACGCUUACAGAGAGAAAGAGAGGAGAGGGAGAGGCGAGAGAGGGAAGAAAUGGAGAGAGCGAUGGAGCUAGAAAGAGCCAGGGCAAUGGAGAGGGAAAGGGAGGAGAGAGAAAGAGCCCUGGAGCAAGAGAGGUUAGAGAGAGAGAGAGCUUUGGAGGCUGAGAGAAAGGAGAGGGAGAGGAUUGAAAGAGAGAAGGCUUUGGAGCAAGAAAGGUUGGAAAGGGAAAGGCUGGAGAGGGAGAGAGUCUUAGAGCAAGAGAGACUAGAGAGGGAGAAAGCUCUGGAGCAAGAGAGACUAGAGAGAGAGAAAACUUUAGAACAGGAGAGAAUUGAGAGAGAGAUGGCCUUAGAGCAGGAAAGAAUUGAGAGAGAGAAAGCUUUAGAGCUGGAGAGACUCGAAAGAGAAAAAGCUCUACAGCAAGAAAGGUUGGAGAGGGAGAGAGCCUUGGAGCAAGAGAGGUUGGAGCUUGAGAGGAAGGAAAAGGAGAGAAUUGAAAGAGAGAAAGAAUUGGAACGAGAGAGAAUAGAGAGGGAAAAAGCCUUGGAACGAGAAAGGGAGGAGAAGGAGAAGGCAGAGAGGGAUGCAGCUCUGGAGCAGGAGAGGAUGGAGAAGGAAAGAGCUGAAAAGGAGAGGAAAGAAAGGCUAGAGAGGGAGAAGGCUCUAGAGCAGGAGAGAUUUGAAAGGGAGAGAGCCUUGGAAAAGGAGAGGAAGGAGAAAGAGAGAGCUCUGGAGGAAGAGAGGGAACGGGCUCUUGAACGGGAAAGACUAGAGAAAGAGAAAUCCAUGCAGGCAGAGAAGGAGGAGCAGGAGAGGGCCCUGGAACAGGAAAAAGAGAGAGCUAGGGUGGCUGAAAAGGAGAGGGAGAGUCACCUCCCUCCAUCCAAACGUGGCCGUGAGAUUGGUCUCACCCUCCUGCCCACUCCUCCCCCCCUCUCCACAGGAGCAGCUAGAAAAUCAUCGACAGAGGCAGGAGAGCAGGAAGAUGUCCAUGCUCCAGUGUCCCGGGGUGAAAGCCAAGCAGCAGAGUCCGGUGCGCCCAUGUCACCAACACCUCUGUCGCCACAGUCCCCAUUUAAGAAGUUCCGGUUCUUAAGGGACUCUCCAAUUCAACCCCAACCUUCCUCCACAUCCAUGGUUAUCAAGCGGCCCCGUAUGUUCUCUGAUACCCCCCAGCCUCGGGCCUCAUCUGUCUUCUCUACCACCAGUAUUGGGGAACGACAGCAAGAAGGACACCAGCCCUCUGCUGAACAGGAAGAUCUACAGAGGCAAGCAAAGCAGGAGGUUGUUGCUGGGCCACCAGGAUCUUCUGGGACCCAGUCUGAGAAGGAGACAACUGUUGGCACCAGACCAAGUUCAGUAAAUGCAGGGGCCACAAGCUUUGUAUCGGACGACAAAGAACGGGCAGGUUUAGUGAAGACUGAACAGGCUGCUGAGGAAUCCACCAAAAAAGCAGUGGAUGAAAGCAAGGCUCCUUCAAGCCCAGUGGAUGCUGCACAGCGGAAGGGAAGAGAUGCAAAGAAGGAAGAGAAACAAAGGAGACAAAGAUCAUCUUCUAAUGAUUCCUCUUCCUCAGAAUCAGACUCUGGGUCCUCAUCAUCUCGGUCCUCUGGGUCAUCCUCAUCUUCUCAAGAGGAAACUUCCUCUGCCUCCAGAGGCAGAAGGGAAGAGAAACCUGGAAGAGAUUCCUCACCACAGCACAGGAUGACAGUAGAGGAUCAGGCUGAGGAUUCAAAGGAAAUCCCAAAAGCCUCCACUCGCAAAAGAGAGAUGUCUGGAGAGAACACAACUGCUGAUGGAGACAGUCACGCCAAGAAACCUUUUAUUGAUGCUCCAUCCCGAGAGGGGGCACAAAGAAGGCGAAAGAUCAGUGAGGAAGAGGAGGAAAAGGACAAACACAGGCAGGUGAAGGACAGUGCCAUGGCAGAGUCGGAGAAGCUUCCAGACACCAGUGAGGAGACACCAAAGGCCUUCUCAGCUCGUAAGAUCUCUCUUAGCAGCAACAAAUUGUCCCCAGGCACAGGCAGCGCAGAAGCUGAGCAGGAGUCUGGGGCUGCGGCUGGUCGCAAGAGGAGGUGGGGUUCCAGCACAGCUGUCACUGCCAAGAAACCAUCCAUCAGCAUCACCACAGACUCACUCAAGUCUCUGAUCCCAGACAUCCGGCCGUGUCUUGGUCAGGAGGCAGUAGUGGAUCUGCACCCAGAGGAAGCUGUCCUCUCUGGGAUUGAGGAUGAAGAGAGGGAGCGCUCUGACCAGGACCUACAGAUCCGUCGCACUGUCACACAGGUGGUGCACUCAGAGAGCCAGGAGAAUGGACAAAAGGAGGCAAAGAGGAGCAGACAUGAGGAGCUGGAGGAGGAAGAUCUACGAGGAGACCGAGAAAGAACAAGGGCGCAUGAAGAGAAAAUGGACACCUCAUUUCCUGGAGCAGUGGAAACUCAAUCACCAUCACAUACCAGCCACGAUGUAGAAAUCAACACUGUGACCCCCAGCGACACCCUCAUUCGUCGCUCCAUCAGCCAGCAGAAAACGGGUGUUUCCAUCACAAUCGAUGACCCUGUUCGCACAGCCCGGCAGCCUUCACCACCUCGUGGCAAAGUCUCCAACAUUGUUCACGUCUGCAACCUGGUGAGGCCGUUCACUUUGGGGCAGCUUAAGGAGCUGCUCAGCCGAACUGGCACCCUGGUGGAGGAGGGCUUCUGGAUUGACAAAAUCAAGUCUCACUGCUAUGUCACUUACACUAACUCAGAGGAGGCUGUUGCCACACGGGCAGCUCUUCAUGGAGUGAAAUGGCCUCAGAGCAACCCAAAAGUGCUUAGUGUGGACUUCUGCCAGCAAGAUGAGCUGGACUUCCACAAAGGCUUGGGUGCAGGCGACAGACCUGGAGCAGAGGAACAGGGGCCUGGCUCUGGCCGUGGUCGAACAUCCGGCCUGCCAUCUCUCCUCCCCGAGCGAGACCAGUGGGCUGAGCGUGAGCGUGAAAUGGAGCGUCGGGAGAGGGCCCGAGCAGAGCGGGAGUGGGAUCGUGACAAGGUUAGAGAGUUUGGGAAACCUGGAGAAGAGAAGGAGGGUGGUCCUCGGAGGUCACGCUCUCGAGAGAGACGACGUAAGGAGAGGGGAAAGAGCAAGGAAAAGAAGACAGAAAAGAAGGAGAAAACGGCUGAGGAUCCCCCUGCAAAGCUGCUUGAUGACCUGUUCCGCAAAACUAAAGCAGCUCCUUGCAUAUACUGGCUUCCACUUACAGAGGAGCAGUUUGUUCAGCGAGAAGCUGCCAGAGCGGAGCGGAUGAAGGAGCGUGAGAAACGGAGGAAGGAGCAAGAAGAGGAGGAAAAAAGGGAAGAGGAGCGCAAGGAGAGGACGAAAGCUGGAGGUGGUGCAACAGGAGACCGGAGUGAGGGUGAGAAAGAGAAGGACAGAGACAGAGAGAGGGACCGAGACAGAGACCGGGGUAGAGAAAGAGACAGGGACAGGGACAGGGAAAGGGAAAGGGAGAGGGAAAAUGACAAACGCAGGGAUGGCUACCGUAGGCCAGGGGGCAGUGGGGCAGGUGGGGGUCGACGCUCUCGCAGCCGCAGCGACCCACGAGAACGGCGGCGCUAAUGGCAAAUCAACCGAUCGAACUGUCCUAGAGACCACCCUCUUCCAUUUGCCUUUCACUACAUGUACUUUGUUACAACUAAGACCCAACAGAGGACCAACUGAUGUCGUCACCAUCUCUCAAAUUGUCACCUUUUUUAAAGCACAUCUACACCUACACACAGUCAUGCUUAAAGGGGACCAUGAUUUUCUGCAGUGUUGUUUCCCAGAGUGCUGUACGUCCUGUCAAGGUUUGAUACACUUUUCUUUAUACAUUUGCCUCUCUUUUUUUUGGUUUUUGAUUUGACGGCAUAGCAGUAUGGCACACUGGGUAAUUUUGAUCAUUUUCCUCAAUGUUCCCCACUUUCCCCAAAGUGUAGGUGCCAAUUAUGAUUUGCAAUCAAUUGUCGUCGCCUCAGUGUUUAACAAUUCUGCAAUUUGGAUGGGGAAUCCUUUUGUUGCUGCAUGUAGUCCAAGGCUUUCCUUGCCAGUCCUGCCUAAGAGAAAACCCAGCCCUUUGUGCAGAGGCUUGCAUAAAUCUGAAAAUAUUGGAAUAGGUGUGUUUGGCAUUUUGUACAGACAUAUAAGAUUAAUCAAAAUCAAGUCUUUAAAUGAGGCAGCUCUGGGGUAUUUUUGGACAGGUGUGGAAUAACUACUAAGGCAAUGCAGUGUUCGUCUCUCCCUCUGUUUAGUUAAAGAGAUGUGACGAUUCUCUGUGGGAGAGAAUCUGUCUGUCGCGCCUGACACAAGUUAUGAUUAUGUCGUUCCCAUUGAUUCUCUUCUUCCUCCCUCCUAUCCUCUUCUUCCUCCAGUUCUCUUACCCUGUAGUGUUCAUACAGGCCCAAGAGGGGAGGUUGCAUUAUGUGUUUUCUCACCAAUGGUUUUAAUAUUGUUUUUUAAUCGUUAUUUUAUCAUUUAGUACAAAGGUUUGUUUUUGUUUUUUUUAAUUUCUUCUUUGAGUACGCCUAUCAGUGGUGAAUGUACAAAUAAUAAAAACUGAAGUUUGAAA